CGGCCAUGGGAGGGCUCGUAGCCGUCCCGCUGAUCCUCUCCAAGGAGCUGUGCCUCCAGCAUGACCUCCUCACCCAGAGCCAUCUGAUCAGCACCAUGUUCUUCGUCUCAGGAAUUUGCACCCUGCUGCAAGUCCUCUUUGGAGUCAGGUUGCCUAUUAUUCAAGGAGGGACUUUUGCAUUCCUUACCCCCACCCUUGCCAUGCUGUCUCUCCCCCAGUGGAAGUGCCCUGCUUGGACACAGAAUGCCACCCUGGUGAACGCUUCUUCGCCAGAGUUCAUCGAGGUGUGGCAGACGCGGAUGCGAGAGGUGCAAGGAGCUAUCAUCGUAGCUUCCUGCUUUCAAAUCUUCGUUGGAUUCUCUGGCCUGAUUGGAUUUCUGAUGAGGUUCAUUGGCCCCCUAACAAUUGCCCCCACCAUCACUUUGGUUGCCCUGCCUCUCUUUAAAUCAGCUGGGGAGGAAGCUGGCUAUCACUGGGGCAUCUCGUUCAUGACUAUUGCCUUCAUAGUUCUGUUCUCUCAGUACCUGAAAGAUGUCCCUGUGCCGCUGCCAUCUUACCAGAGAGGCAAGAAGUGUCACUUCUCUGCUGUCUACCUCUUCCAGAUCUUUCCGGUGCUGCUGGGGCUGUCCCUGAGCUGGCUUCUCUGCUACGUGCUGACGGUGACCAAUGUCCUCCCUGCGGAUGCUACCGCCUACGGCCACCUGGCCAGGACGGACGCCCGCGGCGAUGUUUUGUCCCAGGCUCCUUGGUUUCGACUGCCCUACCCAGGCCAGUGGGGAGUGCCAACCGUCAGCCCAGCUGGGAUAUUUGGCAUCUUAGCCGGGGUGAUUUCCUCCAUGCUGGAGUCCGUGGGGGAUUACUACGCCUGUGCCCGCCUGUCCGGGGCGCCGCCGCCGCCUAAGCACGCCCUGAGCCGCGGCAUCGGCGUGGAGGGCAUCGGCUGCCUCCUCGCCGGCGCCUGGGGGACAGGCAACGGCACCACCUCCUUCAGCGAGAAUGUGGGGGCCCUGGGCAUCACCAAGGUAGGGAGUCGAAUGGUGAUCAUUACCGGAGCCUGUGCCAUGCUCUUGAGUGGUGUCUUCGGGAAGGCUGGGGCCAUGCUUGCCAGCAUCCCCACCCCUGUGAUUGGAGGCAUGUUCUUUGUGAUGUUUGGAGUUAUCACAGCAGUGGGAGUCUCCAACUUGCAGUACACAGAUAUGAACUCCUCCAGAAACAUCUUCAUCUUUGGAUUCUCUGUGUUUGCUGGCCUCGCCAUUCCCAACUGGGCAAGCCAAAACAGUGCACUGCUGCAGACAGGAAUCAUCCAGCUGGACCAGGUGAUCCAGGUGCUUCUCACCACCGGCAUGUUCGUGGGUGGACUCCUGGGUUUUUUCCUUGAUAACACAAUUCCAGGAACCCAAGAGGAGCGAGGGCUCCUGGCAUGGAAGAACAACCACAGGGGAGAGGCAGACAACUCCCAGCUCCUUUCCAAGGUCUAUGAUCUUCCAUUUGGAAUAGGCACCAGACACUGUGCUGUCUCUUGGUUUCAGUAUCUCCCUGCUUGCCCAAAAAGGCUACCUGGCAGCCAAAGAACAGAUGAACUGAAGGCUGCUAGAGAAGACAGCAGUGUCAAAGCAAGCUCACAAAGCAAGUUGGGGCUCGGUGCUGAUACACAGCUGUAAGUGCUUGGCCUGCAGGUGAACUCCUCUCAGGA